AUGGAGAAUGAACUGUUCCAGAAGAUCCCAAGCUUGCAAGUGAUUAUCUGUCGCCAAUGCAAGCAUGGCGUACGACCGGCAGAGGUCGAGCGACAUCUGAAGCGGAAACAUCAGUUCAAGCAUCAAUCCGCCCACCAGUUGGCUCAGGCAGUCCAACAGUGGGAGGAUAUUGAACAGGACAGUGCGGCCAUCCAGAUCCCACCAGUAGUCGACAACCCACUGCCCAUUUUACCGUGUGAGCCCAGUGGCUUGUUAUGCCAACGACAUGACCCCCUGUGCCAUUAUGUGGCAUCCAACAUGGGCACCAUGCGGAACCACUGGCGCCAGGUCCAUCAAUGGUCCCAACAGACCCGCCGUGGCCGGGUUGGCCAGAGAGAGUGUACACAAGGGGCCGCUGAGCUCCGGCGUUCAUUCACCACCGUAGCGUGGCAGCAGAUCUUCCCAUCGGGCCCGGGGUCCCAUUACAUCCAUAUCCGCUUCCCAGAGGGCCACCCACCACCACCACCACCACCGCCCCCCGCGGACCAGGCCCAACGGGCCGUCGAUGCCAUCAUCACCGCAUGGGAUCAGGCUCGAACGGCCCAGGAACAACAGGCCGUCAUCCAGGCCGAUUGGAUCACCGAUGCUAACCCGUGGCUCCGCCGGACCGGGUGGGCACGAUACCUGGAAGGUGUGCACCCCCAGGACCUGCUCCGGCUGGUGGAAGCGCCCCCCGAGGAGCCCCCGGAUCCCAUUGAACAGGCCAUCCAGGCCAUUUGGAAUGCCAUGGGCCAGUUGGCCUGGCGGAGCCAGCAGACCGUGCAGCGGUGUGGAACCGGCAUUUGUAUGGAGGCGGCCCGGACCGAGGCCGGACAGACCCCAUACCGGCCGCUCCAGGCGUACAUGGAUGAAACCAGUGUCCAGAAGCAUGUGCAGGCGUGGCAGCAAGUGUUGGGCUUCAUUGCACGCACACAGGCCACCCAGGCCGGACAGGGCAUGCAGGAGUGGUGUGGUCCGCUGCCCGUGUAUGGGAUGACCGCGCGGCAGCAGCGGAAGUGGCAGAUCUUGUGGCAGCUUGCCAUGCCCACCAUGGCGAGGCCCCAACAGGCGCCCCAUCGAGCCCGGGCUCGGGCGGUCCAUAUGUUCCCUGGGGCCGGUCGGAUCCUAGAGCAGGGUGGGAACCCCGGCAGUUAUCGGGCCACAGAGGGGCGUGGGGUGAGCCCCGGAGAUCAGCCCACAGCCGGGCAUGGGGUGAGCCCCGAGCAUGUGGAAGAAGCAGAGGAGACUGGCAAUGCAGGCAGCACCGAGCCGGCAUGGAUGAUGAGCCCAAUGGAGCGUGCCUGCUUGGAGUUUUGCAUUGAGCUGCUCAACCAGCGCCACCGUGCCCAUGAAUAUGAAAGCCCCCUUGUGUGUGCCAUGGCGGUGCUCGGCUGGGGGGAGACUGGGUGGCGUGAUCCCGACAGUUACCCCCCCCCAUUUUAUCGCGGAUGA